GCCGGAAAGAAGUAUGCCCCACACAAGGGCACAAUCCACAUCAAUGGCCGACCACGAGAUAUGCUCUGGAAUCGGAUCUCGGCCUAUGUGCCUCAGGACGACCUGAUGUUUGCACACUUGACCGUGGAGGAAGUGCUGAGGUUCCACGCGAACCUGAAGACGCAGCGGCCAGCCAGGAUCACCCGACAGAUGGAUCAUCUCCGGAUCGAGGCAUUCCUUCAGGCUUUCGGGCUCCACGACAUCAGGAAAUCCUACGUGGGCAACCCCAAGCAGGGUGCGCGAGGAAUUUCUGGAGGCCAGAGGCGGCGCCUUUCUCUGGUGAAAGGGGUCGCUUGUGGGGCAAGGGUCAUGUUCUGCGACGAGCCAACCUCGGGGCUCUCUGCCACUGAUGCUGAGCUGUGCGUACGCUACAUGCGGUGGCUCGCCCACAAAUACUCAGUUUUGAUCAUCAUGUCUAUCCACCAGCCCCGAAGAGAGGUGGCCAGGCUCUUCGACGACCUGAUCCUCCUCACGUCAAGUCCUGGUCGGGCAGUCUACCAAGGACCGAUGCGAGAUUUGUCUGACUAUGCAGCGAAGGUGGGGUAUCCGAUUCCCCUGAAGCGGAAUCCCACAGACUUUUGCAUGGACCUGAUCACGCCUGGCAUGAAGGGAGCGAGGGAGGAUGAGUUCGUGAGGCACUUCCAGGCGGUGCAAGCUCCCACCAUCGAAGAAGUGGUGAGGAAGCAGCUCACUGAGGACUGCGGCAGUGCCAUGGACAUCCUCCGCGCGAUGCGCGAGCCAAUGCAGGUGUUUGGUGUAAUGCCACCACUCCGCAACAGUAAGUAUGGGGUGCCGUUCCGCACGCAGGUGCGGAUCGUGGCCUGGCGCCAGUUCAAGCUGAGGUACCGAGACAAGACACACCUGUUGAUGGACCUGGCUGCUGCUGUCGCCAAGGCUCUCAUCUUGGGACUGGCUUUCUACGACAUUGGAGCAAAGGGGCAGCCCCACCAGCUGGGUUUCUUCUUCUUUGUCUUGAUGGCCUGCUCCAUCGACCAGGUGAAAACCAUGCCGGCGAUGAUUGCGGAGCGGAACAUCAUGAAGCUGGAGACCUCUGAGGCCUUGUACAGCGAGUGGGCCUACAUUCUGCCGGUCACUCUCAUGAGCGCGAUGCAGGCAAUAGUGACGCAUUUUGUGUUCAUUGCGCUUCUAUGGCCGUUUGUGUCAUUUCCGGUCGCUCUCUUUGGGCAUGUUUGGUUCUGGUCCCUGAUGGUGAACACAGUCAUGGACAGCCUCUACGUCAUGCUCUCCGGCAUCGCCAAGGACGCGACGAUUGCACAGAUAAUGUCGCUGCCUUUCCUCCUUGUCUUCAUGCUGUACAAUGGUUUCACUGUUACAAGAACAACCUGCCCAAAGUGGUUGCUGUGGGCCUUGAAUGUCUCUCCCGUGGCCUACGCGAUGGAAGCCAUCACAAUGGCAGCUGCACGAAUAUGCGUCUAUGGGGGGCCUCCCUGCGGCAAGGACGGAUUCUACCCCGGAAUCCUCGUGCAGUUCAGCUACGAGGAACAGACAGAGACAGCCAUCAUUGUGAUGUGCGUUUGCAUCCUUCUGUUCAGAGCCAUUCAUAUGGUGUGCUUGAAGUUCUUAAACAACAUCCAGAGGUGA